AUGAAUAGACUUAUUCACACCCCAACAGCAAAGUUCCGCCGCUUCAGGCGCCACCACCAACAUGCCACUAGCACAACAGAUCCUAACCCUCUCCAAAUCCUAUGGCGGUACCAGAUACUGGAUCCGGACAGCGAGAUUGUAAUGUAUUGGAACCAUGUCUUCCUUCUCACUUCCAUCAUUGCACUCUUCAUCGACCCUCUCUACUUUUACCUCCCUUAUGUCGGUCCUCAGAACCGAGACCGAAUUACUAUCCAUUCCGACUAUAUUUAUGUUUGCUUAUCCAUCGACAAACAACUUUCUGUGUUGAUCACGUAUUUUAGGUCCAUAGCAGACAUGUUUUUCUCCCUUCAUAUUCUUAUGAAGUUUCGUACAGCUUUUGUUGCUCCUAGUUCUAGAGUUUUUGGACGGGGAGAACUUGUUAUUGAUGCUAAGGAGAUUGCAAUGCGUUAUCUCAAGUCUGAUUUCCUCAUCGAUCUGGCUGCUGCGCUUCCGCUUCCUCAGAUUGUCAUCUGGUUAGUAAUUCCGGCCACAAGAAACAACAGCACUGACCAUGCCAACACCACGCUCUCGCUUAUCGUUCUUAUUCAAUACAUUCCCAGAAUGUUUCUUAUCUUUCCUUUGCAUCAAAGGAUCGUAAGAUCUACAGGUUUUGUUGCCAAGGCUGCCUGGGCUGGAGCUGGAUACAAUCUAAUUCUUUACAUGCUGGCCAGCCAUGCAUUAGGUGCUUCUUGGUAUACAUUGUCAAUGGGGAGGCAAUUCUAUUGCUGGAAAUCAGAAUGUACGAAAGAGAAUAAGGCAGGAAUUGUAGGUUGCAUCCAUAGCUAUCUAGACUGUAAUAGUUUGGGAAAUCCUGAACGCCAAUAUUGGAGGAAUGUUACCGAUGUUCCUGCUAAUUGUGAUGCACGUAACGACACUCUCACGUUUAAGUAUGGAAUAUUUGCUGAUGCUUUUAUCAAUGAUGUUGCUUCCUCACGUUUCAUUGAGAAGUUCUUGUACUGUCUCUGGUGGGGCUUAAGAAAUUUGAGCUCAUAUGGUCAGACCUUGGAAACGAGCACAUUUCUGGGUGAGAAUGUGUUCUGUAUUCUCAUAUGCAUUAUUGGUUUAGUUCUCUCGGCACAGUUAAUAGGCAACAUGCAGACCAACUUGCAAUCUAUGACUGUGAGAGUUGAAGAGUGGAGGAUUAAGCGGAGGGAUACAGAAGAGUGGAUGAGGCAUCGCCAGUUACCUCCAGAUUUGCAAGAACGUGUUCGCCGAUUUGUUCAGCACAAAUGGCUUGCUACUAGAGGAGUUCAUGAAGAAUCGAUACUGCAUUCAUUGCCUUUGGACCUCCGACGAGAAAUUCAGCGACACUUAUCUCUGGCCCUUGUUCGUCGGGUCCCAUUCUUCUCACAAAUGGAUGACCAGCUACUCGAUGCCAUAUGUGAACGCCUGGUGUCAUCAUUGAGUACCGAGGGAACUUACAUAGUUCGAGAGGGUGAUCCAGUCAAUGAGAUGUUGUUUGUCAUUAGAGGACAAUUAGAGAGCUCAACCACUAAUGGAGGAAGGUCUGGAUUCUUCAAUUCCAUCACCCUUAGACCUGGUGACUUCUGUGGUGAGGAAUUACUCACUUGGGCCUUAAUGCCAAUAUCAAGUGCAAACCUGCCUUCUUCAACACGAACUGUGAAAGCCCUUUCUGAAGUUGAAGCUUUUGCACUUGAAGCUAAAGACCUUAAAUUUUUUGCACAUCAAUUCAAGCGACUGCAAAGCAAGAAGUUGCAGCAUGCUUUUAGGUACUAUUCUCACCAAUGGAGAACAUGGGCUGCUUGUUUAAUACAAUCUGUUUGGAGAAGGCAUAAAAAGAGAAAGAUGACAAAGGAGUUAGCUUUGCGAAAUAGCAUUGGGUACAUUCAAAUUCCUGAGCGAGAAUAUUACUAUAGUGAUGAUCAAGCAUAUGGAGAUUACGAGGAGUAGAAUCUCGGAGCCACAACCUUGGCUUCAAGAUUUUCCGCAGACACUAAAACAGAGAUUCACCAGAAGAGUGGUUCGUUCUGCUUCCUCCAGCUUAAACAUGGGACACUUGUGUAA